UAGGUUAUAAAGUGAAUGUUCAAAUUGGCCAUUUCGGCCGCAUACUUUUUAAUCUUCUUUCAACCACGAAAGAACCUUCGAUUUGCUCUCAUUGUUGUUGGAUCUGCACCAAUUAUAGGCACCACAUGAAGAGAAUACAGUGCUCUUGGGUUUGAGAUCGAUCUAUAUUCCCAAAAGGUUUCAUCAUGAUGGAGCUUUUGGAAAAUGGGACAGCAAAACAAAAUGAAGUUUCUGUAACCAAGAAGGAUUAUAUCUCCACCUUGACUGAACAUAUCAUUCAUGAAAUUCUCAGUCGACUCACCAUGCCAGAUGUUGCUCGAAUUAGUUGUCUAUCAAAGACAUGGAAAAACUUCUAUGUCUCCUUUCCUUGCCUGAAUAUCGAGCAGCAAUACUUUGAUCAUCUCUCUUACGAUAGCUUCAAGAAUUUUAUGUACCACAAAGUUAGAAGCAUGAGCAUCAAAGAAGAAAGUUUGGUUAUACACAAAUUCAAGCUAUGCAUGCAUUAUAAAUAUGUAAGAGAAGCUAAAGAAGAGAUUGUAAACUGCACAAGGCUAAUAUCUAAGAUGAGCACCAUCAAAGAGUUCGAUUUCCAAAUCAUUCAAGGUAAUCAUUUUGAUAAUCCAGAUUAUUCUUAUGAACUUCUUCAUCAUAUCUAUAACGCAAAGAUGUUAAUGGUGUUGAGGUUAAGUGGUUUGAUAAUGAUACAGCCAUUUAGGGAUACAAAGUUUUCCCACCUUGAAAUUCUAAGGUUAGAAAAUGUAACUGUACACAAAGAAAGUGACAUUGAUUGGUUCUUUACCAGCUGCCCUAUGGUAAGGGAAAUAGCAAUUGUUAAAUGUAAUGGUUUGGAGCAUUUGAAGGUGUGUGGUAAUCUUGGUAACCUCAAACUGCUAGAGAUUGCUUUUUGUGAAAUGCUUAAGAGUGUCGAAAUCCAAGUGCCAAGUCUAGAAAAGCUUGUCUUGUAUGAGAUUAAGAGAAACAGAGGAGAUGAUUUUUGUAUGGCUUUAAGCAUAGACUCAGAAACCAGUGAAAGCUUAAGAGAGUUGACAUUAUGCAAUUCUACCAUACGAGGCAUAACCUUCACUUGUUUGUUCUCUAGAUGCUCAAACGUUGAGUCUUUGGUACUUGACUGGUGCAUGCAUUUUUUUAAGAUAAAAAUUGCAAGUAACAAGUUGAGGAAACUUGUCGUGAAAAAGUGUUUGGACCUUCUAGUGACAGACAUUGAAGCUCCCAAUUUGAGUUCAUUCCUCUUUUGUCAUUAUCUACCCUAUGGAUAUUAUAAUUCCAAUAAUAAUGGUCAAAUGAUGCAAUACUCUGAGGAAAUCAGCCAGCUCCAAGAAUGCAUGCUUGACAUUAACCAAGUGCUUUGGACCAAAAAUAUAUGGAUAUCUCUUUGGUUUGAUAAAUUCAAGGACUCUGCAGACCAAAAGUUAGUCAUCUACCCAAAGCACAAAAAUUUCUAUCAUGCUGUUGUAUUGGAAGACUGGAGUUCAAUGGCAGAACUUGCACUAAUGACUCAGAUAAGUGAAGAAGCAGAAAGAAUAAUCAUUACAACUAUGAGUUUUGCUCAUCUAGUUGAUUACAUGUUUGGGGAUAGUGGUAAGGAUUUGUCUAGUGUUUUGGCAUUCUCGCUCACUGAUGAAAGCAGUUUAUAUGAGCUCCUAAACAACAAGCCAAAAGUUUCAUGUAAGCCUUGUUUUAAUGUGGCCAUAAGCCUCCAGGAAAUGGAGACAUUCUUGCCCAGUAGAUGUUGCUCUUCCUUCUCAAGAAUUGCUGCAACUUUAAAAGCAACAUUGUUAUCUGUUUCUCCGAAUCUUCGAAGGAUCUGGUUAGAUCGUUAACAUGCCAAUACCAAAGUGUCCGAAGAAAUAUAUGGUGCCUUUUAAAGAGACUAAUAUUCGAAAAACUUGAUGGACUAUUUUUAAUUAGUAGAUUUUUUUCUCCGGGCCAUCUUUAGUGAGAAUCUUACUUUGUUAGUGUAAAAUGCUUUAAAUAUUACUUUCAAUUAAAAUAAUUGUUAUAAACAUUAAUUGGAUGA